AUGUCGAAUCGGUAUCAAAUUCACCACCACUUACAACUUCAUCCGAUCUCUCGUCCGUCAUUAGAAGUCGUACUCAGUCUACUUCAUCACGAUCAUCGUUACAAUCAGAAAACACUUCAAUCUCCGCCCAACGAACACUUGGAAGAUGUUGAAAAACCUUUAACAUCCAAAGAGAUUGCUGUUUUACUUAUUGAAUUACGUUAUCGUCAUUCUCUGACAAAGUCGUGUAUCGAACAUAUUUGUCAAUUAUUACAAUUAUUAAAAGUUCCAAAUGCUCCAUGUAGUUUUAAUAAUAUCGAAUCAUUAGUACUUUGUGCACAUCGUUCAACUAUAUUUCCUACGAAAACAAUCAUAUGCCCGUCUUGCUAUGAACGAUCAUCUAAUCACAAAAGGUGCACCAGUACGACUGAUUGUGAUUCUCGAUCUUCAUUUGUUCGAGCGCCAACAAUUAAUUACACUUUUGCACUUGAACCGCAAAUUAGAUCAAUAAUUGAACGAAAUCCGAUAGUUAAUAGCAAGACUAAUAAGCGCUCGAUCUCAGACAUCACUCACGGGCUUGCAUACGAAAACCUCAUUUUAUCUGAAUCUGAACCGUUCAUGUCUUUACUCAUGAAUUCCGACGGUGGAUUAGUUAAAACAAAUUCAACAUCUGUUUGGUUGACUGCAUUUGUUAUUAAUGAGUUGCCACGACGAUCGCGGUUCCUUCCUGAGAACAUGAUAAUUGGGAUGAUGUCAACUGGCGGAAUGAAGCCGAAAAAGGAGGAAAUGUCUGUACUCUUGGUGGACAUAGUCGAAGAACUCCGUCGACUUGAGAAUGGCAUACCUGUAUGUCUUCCAAGUUCCAACGUCAAAGAUACAGAACAAACUAUCAAAAUCUUUUUACUUGCCUCCGUCAACGACAAACCGGCUACGGCACUUUUGCUAAACCAUAAAGAAUCAGUUGGGUAUUUUGGUUGUUCACAUUGCACGAUAAAAGGUAAAUCGAUUCAAACGGGUGGAACAACAGUUCGUUCAUUUGCCUACGAUUCAAAGGAAAAAAUCAUCUUGAGAUCAAACGAAACAUAUGACGAAGUAAAUGUGUUUUUCGAAAAUGGUUAUAAACUCACAAGUACCGGCCAAUCCUUUUCGAAAGAAAUGACUAUUAAUUACUUGAAAGGAUUCAAAGGUCCAUGUAUAUUUCGAAAACUAACUCAUUUCGAUGUAUAUAAGUCGUUUUUGUGCGAUACUCUGCAUAAUUUAUAUCUUGGCAUAACGGCUAAAAUAUUAAAACUGCUUUUGUCGAAACCGUCUCCAAAAGCAGGCAUUACUAAUUUCAUGAAUGUUCAUGAUCAAUUGAAUUCCGUUGCUCAGUUGUUUGAUACAAUCUCAUAUCCAUCGACAACUUAUCGACAGCCAAGAGAUAUACGUUUAUUUAAAAAAUUCAAAGGAAAUGAACUCAGGAUAUUUCUUCUUUUUGGUUACUCGAUAUUUGAAAAAGUACUCAACAGAGAACGUUAUGAUCAUCUGAGAGUAUUGGCCUUUAUAGCUCAUAUGGUGGAAGGUCAAUAUUUAUCUGUUGAUACCCACGAAGACAUUCAGGUUUUGGCCGAGUACUUUGAUGAAAGAUUCGCAACUCUAUAUACUGUAAAUGAAAUUGGCUUUGUUUUUCUUUAA